UUCAUUCGAUAUUUAAAAGCAUCGCAUUAUUGACUUCCUGCGAUAGGUCGUGAAGCGUUAAUUUCAUUAACAUUUCGUGCAUGUUAACAGUUUUAUAUGCAUUAUAUGUAUAAGGUGGAUCAAUGUAAGGAUAAUGAUUUGACGUGACUUAUUGUGUGUUAAAUUCCUCGUAUGGUUACGCGUAUAGGAUAUAUUUUUAAUUUACAAAUCGUGAAGGGGAAUCAUUGGAAUUCUCUUGCUUCAGUAUUAAUUUGUUUUUAAGACGGUUUGCAAGUUCUUAUUAACACUUCUUGGCACAUUCACUUCGUGUACUUCAAAGCAACGAACAUUUUAAUAUAUCUAAUCAAUUCUUCUCACAAUUUUUCGAAAUUUUAUAAUCUAUCACAUUAAAUCAUGUAUUACAAUAUAAAUCGUCACUUCAAAUACAUUUGUUAUGCUUUUAAUUCAACGUUUAAAAAAUCAUUUAAUAGAAGAAAUGUUAGUAUGGUAACUACAGAUAAACAAAUAGAGAUGCCAGCUUUUCAACAUACACCAGCCGUUUAUACGGGUCCAAGUUACGAUAGUUUAAAAACAGCAUAUGAGUCGAAUAUAUCACCUAGUUUAAAAAUGUAUUAUAAAAAGCCAUUAUUAUUAUAUGAAGGACGGAAUCAAUGGCUAUGGGGUCAUGAUGGUAAACGAUAUUUAGAUAUGUUCGGUGGCGUUGUUACCGUUUCUAUAGGCCAUUGUCACCCAAAAAUCAUAGCUGCGAUAUCGGAUCAAGCGAGCAAACUUGGUCAUGUAUCAGCACUUUACAUGCAUCCUCGUUUAUAUGAAUAUAGAGAAAAAUUAGCUACCAAAUUACCGGAAAAGCUUUCAGUCAUUUAUCUCGUCAAUAGUGGGUCCGAAGCUAACGAAUUAGCAUUUUUAAUGGCAAGACUUUACACUGGCGAGCAAAAUAUCCUUUCAUUGAAGAAUUGUUAUCAUGGUGGUACUUAUGAAACUUCGGCAACAACCGCUUUAAGCACGUGGAAAUAUGCGAUUCCUCAGCCACCUGGUCAUAUACACGUAUUUAAUCCAGGUUUACAGAAAUAUCUUUCUUGCGAUUCGAAAUGUAAAGAUUGCUCUGUGCCAGGUGUAAAAGAUACGUGUAAUUGUAGCAACGACGAAUGUAUCUUAUUCCAAAAAUAUUUGGAUGAAUUCGAAGAUAUUUUUCGAUACAGUUUGCCAAGGAAACGAGGUGUUGCUGCUUUUAUCGCAGAAAGCAUUCAAGGUAUCGGAGGUGUUAUACAAUAUCCACGGUUGUUCUUAAAAAAUGUUUAUGAGUUCGUUCACGAAAAUGGUGGUCUUUAUAUAGCCGACGAAGUACAAACUGGCUUCGGUAGAACAGGCGAUCAUUUUUGGGGUUUCGAAGGUCAUGGAAUUCAACCUGAUAUAGUAACAAUGGCAAAGGGUAUUGCAAAUGGAAUUCCUCUUGGUAUUGUUGCGACUACUGUUGAAAUUGCUAGUUGCUUGAAUAGAGCACUUCAUUUCAAUACCUUUUCUGGAAAUCCAAUUAUUUGUGCUGCAGGAUCAGCAGUACUUGAUGUAAUUGAGAACGAUGAUAUGCAAAAAAAUGCCCUCAUUACGGGGACUUAUUUAUGUCAUCAAUUAAGUACCUUAACUCACGAUUUUCCGGAUAUUGUGUCUGACGUUCGAGGAAAAGGUUUUAUGAUAGGUGUAGAAUUGGCGGAAAAUAAUAAAACAAAAAAAUAUAUCAAAGAGGAACAUAUGCGCGAUAUAUUCGAAGAUAUUAAAGAUAUGGGUGUACUUGUUGGAAAAGGUGGAUUAUCUGCGAAUGUUUUAAGAAUAACACCACCAAUGUGCGUUACGAAGGAAGAUGCAGAUUUUACAGUGAAUGUUAUUAAAAGAGCACUACAACGAUAUCGUGAAAAACGUUUAUACGAGAAAGAAUUUUAGUUUUUUGUAUAUAGAUUAUAUUUGAAACGAAAUAUCUCUAUUGAAUAUUGGUUGAAAUAUAUAUAUAUAUUUUAUUUGGGAAAUUGUAUAUUGUUGAUAAUUUAUCGAUUGAAAUUUUUUAUCGUAGAUUGCAUCUUAUAGAGCCAUCUUAAUUUUUAUUCUACAUUAAAAAGCGAUACUUCAAGAUGGCGCCACUGGUAAUGGUCAAUUUAACACAAUACAGUAUUCCUUCUUCUAUAUUUUAUAUUAAUCUGAUGUGUCAUGGACUAUCACUACAAAAUACGAAUGAGGUUAGCCUCGUGCGAGAAGCGUUGUAUUUGUCAUACGUAUUCAUAUCCAUGUAGGCACUACUUCACAAACAUUGUAAUUUGUAAAGAAUUAAAAUGGCG